UAUCUACGGCCAGUAUUUAAUAUUAACGUUUUCAAAGUAAUCUGCACCGUUAAAAUUUUUGGCUUGUAUAUUUAGUUUUUGGUAUUUAUAAUGAAUAUUUGUCCGAUUGUUUUCCAAAGCAUCUUCAUAACACCAGAGGAAAAUGGCGACUUCUUCACUCCGAUCGGCAUGUCAUACCCUAGUCAAAAGGAGUUUCCUUUUCCAGAGGGGCUUCUCUGCUUCUUCAUCGUUUUCCUCCGCCGCUACUAGCAGCAACCAUGACGUGAAUGCCGACGGCGGUGAAGUAGACCCCGUCUCGGCCGCCGGAAUCCACCGGACGCUCUCCGAUAUACUGAAAGAGCUCAACAAGAAAGUUCCGGAAUCUCUCAUCAAAGUUCGCACUGAAACUGACGGUUUCCCCAUCAAAUACAUUCCCUGGCACAUUGUUAAUAGGAUCAUGAACUUGCAUGCUCCAGAAUGGUCCGGUGAGGUGAGAAGCAUUACAUACUCAGCUGAUGGCAAGUCAGUAUCAGUUGUCUACAGAGUGACGAUUUAUGGAACUGAUGCUGAGAUAUACCGAGAAUCAACAGGCACGGCUUCAAUAGGUGAUCCUGGUUAUGGUGAUGCUGUUCAGAAGGCGGAGGCAAUGGCGUUCCGCCGUGCAUGUGCUCGUUUCGGUCUCGGUCUCCACCUCUAUCAUGAAGACAUGGCCUAAUUUAAACGGCGAUUGCAUGCUUUUUGAUUUGGUUCGGCGUAAACUUUGAUUAUCAAUGAAAUAAAAACUACAUUGCAUAUUAAUUCAAAAAAAACUUUUCAAGGUAUUUCACUGCAUUAAUAUGCAAUGUAAUUCUUAUUCAAUUGAUGAUCAAUGUUUGUCCAUUUUGACUGAGAAAAAUCAAACUACGCAAAUAUAUACCUUCGACGGAUGGAGUAACUGACAAACCCUAUCGGUGUUGUCUUAACUAAAUUUUUUUUGUAUUACAUUACAAACCCUAAUGGUAUUGUCCUAAGCUGUUAUGUGU